AUGAUACCACUUAUAUGCACUUGUGGAGCAUGUGGGGUCUUCGUUGGAAACUGGCCAUUACUUAGCAUACGUGUAAACAGAGCUUCUGCAGUGAUCAAGAAAGAAAUAUGCUCAUCGUUUGAAGAGAGUCAGCCAGAGGAAAAAGCAACUGAUGAGCAUGAUCAAGGAACAAACAUCGUUGAUGAGGUGAUGGACUUAGUUAAGCAGUUUGAGAUAGAGACCAGCUGGAAUGAAAAAAUGACUGAAAAGAAAAUUAAAGCGAAGGAGAGAAGAGAAGAAGAGGUCAAAAGAAGAGAGGAGUUGCACAAGAAGAAAGGAGCUAAGAAAGGAGGUGGAGGAGCUAAGAAAUAG